AUGGAAGUUUCUUCGCUUCACUACGAACCAUUCAUCUAUCAAGAAAACGGAAAGUACAAAGGAAUCGAAUACAAACUUCUAGAAACGAUCGCUAAAAAAGAGCAUUUGGAUGUUUCGUUUCGAUUUCACGAGCGCAAUGACAUUAGCAUCGGUGGAUUUUUCCCAAAUCCAACAAAUUCAACCGAAUACAUAUUUUCAAAGCCCUAUUAUCAGGACGAUUUAACGUGGUGUAUACAAAAGUCCAAAAAUUUCCCAAUGGUCAUUAACGUAUUCUUAGCGGCAACGCCAGAAUGUUGGAUUUUAUUGAUAUUUGGAAUCGGCUAUGUUUCUGGCUUAUUGAUUUACAUUAUGAUUCAAUUCGAUUUUAAGUAUGAAAAUCGAAAUCAACGCGACUGGCAUUACACUACUUGGCUUGUCGCAUUGCCGGCUGUCAUUGGACUUAAUCAACGAUUCCAUCCGAAAUCUAUGUCAAUACGAAUAUUCUACGGUUUCAUUUUGAUCAUGAUGAUUUUCCUUUGGCAAAUUGUUUUUUACUUCGGUAUUCGAUUUGUUAAAGUUCCGAUUCAGCGUCAACAAGUAUCAACAACGGCUGAACUAAUCGAUUCGGAGUACCGUUUGGCUGGUUCACAUGAAUUGAUUGAUUUGAUAAAGUUUGAUGAACGGUACCGGAAAUCCCAAAUCGAUUCAUUCUUCGUUUGCCCGAAUAUCGAUCAUUGUUUGGAUCACUUGAAACACGAUGACAAUGAAUUAUUAGCGAUCGGAGGCUCUCGUCAGCGUAUUCUGAACAGUCAAUCUUAUUCGCCCGCAGGAAUAUUCUGCUUCGAUCGCGAGAGCAUCGCGAGUUUUCAACCGGCGAUGCUGAUGCGCAAGGACUUCGCCCUGAAACGAAAAAUCGAUGAAAUCAUUCGCAACGCAUUCGAAAGUGGAUUGUUCGUGAAGUGGGAUCGAGACAGUCAACGGAAAAAGGAACGUGUGAUUCCAUUUGAACCAUCAGUAGUGUUAAGUGUAGAAAAUAUAGCAAUGCCACUUGUGUUUGCGAUUGGUGUUGGUUCUCUAAUGGCAACUGCAGCGUUUUAUUGCGAAAUUCUAAUCAGUCGAAAAAUCAAAGAAAAUGCACCGUCUCGCCAUUGGGUGUAUUUGGAACAGUUUUUCGAUGGUGAACGCCAUUAUUUGAAAAAUAUGACGGAGAAAUUGCAAAUAACGGAGUACGAAGCGCUAAUCGACUAUGGACUAUCAUCUUUGGUCGUUGAUUUCCUAUAA